AGACUCCCGGUGAAAGUGGCCAACGCGCAAGCGCGAGACUGGAAACCAUGGCGGAUUCAGGAAGCGAGGAUAUAGCGGUGAUUGGAAACACAGAUCUGACUCCUUCAGAGUCGGAAAACAACUUAAAGAACACGAUGGUUGAAAAAGGGACAAAUCUUUUGAAGAUGAUGGAGAUCAGUGUGGCUGAAGCAGAGAAGAGGACCGGGAAGAAUGCCGUCAACAUGCAGGAGACUUAUACAGUGUAUCUUAUAGAGACAAGGCCAGUGGAUGCUGCAUCAGAAGGGACCAAUCCUGUCCCAGAUUCACUGUGGAGGCGUUACAGCGAGUUUGAGCUCCUUAGAAACUAUUUGUUAGUCACCUAUCCAUUUUUGGUGGUUCCACCAUUGCCUGAAAAACGGGCUGAAUUUGUUUGGCACAAGCUGUCAGCAGACAACAUGGACCCUGACUUUGUGGAGAGGCGUAGGGUGGGACUGGAGAACUUCCUGCUCCGAGUGGCCUCUCACCCAGACCUGUCCAGUGACAACAUCUUCUAUUCGUUCCUCACUGAGGAAAAUGGUUGGAAGGAAACCGUGUUUGAGACGGGAUUUCAGGCGAAGGCCGAUUCAAGAUUAAAGGCUUUAAAUGCCACAUUCAGAGUGAAGAAUCCAGACAAGCGAUUUGCAGAAAUGAAACACUACGGUGAUGAGCUGCAGUCUGUUAUUUCACAGCUGCUGAGGGUUCGGGCGAGAGCAGCUGAUCGCCUGUAUGGAGUCUACAAAGUGCAUGGAAAUUAUGGAAGAGUCUUUAGUGAGUGGAGUGCCAUUGAGAAAGAGAUGGGAGAUGGGCUGCAGAGCGCCGGCCAUCACAUGGACGCGUAUGCUGCUUCGGUCGAUGAUAUUCUAGAGGAAGAGGAGCAUUAUGCUGAUCAGCUGAAGGAGUACCUUUUCUAUGCAGAUGCAUUAAGGGCAGUGUGUAGGAAGCAUGAACUGACACAGUAUGAACUAGAGAUGGCCACCAUGGAUCUGACCUCUAAGAAACAGCAGCGGGAGGAGCUCGCCACAGGGAUGAUACGGACCUUCUCUCUGAAGGGAAUGACCAGUAAACUGUUUGGACAAGAGACCCCAGAGCAGAGAGAGGCCAAGCUGAAAAUGCUGGAGACACAGAUUGAAGAAGGAAAGGAAAUGGUCAAAGAAAGAAACGCAGAAUGCGAGGAGUUUGUGAAAAGUGCAUGGGUGGACAUUGAGAGGUUUAAAGAGCAGAAAGACCACGAUCUCAGAGAGGCUCUAAUCAGCUAUGCCAUCAUGCAGAUCAGCAUGUGCAAAAAAGGAAUUCAAGUGUGGAACAAUGCUAAAGAGUGCUUCAGUAAGAUGUGAGGGUUCCAGCCACAACAACCAGAACACCAGGAGGCCUUGGAGAUGUCAAUCCAGAAAAGCACACCCUCCUAGAGACUGACCUUGGGGACUAAAGUCUUCCUCUCAAUCCUAAACAUUUGUCAGCCUCUUGUACCAGACGUUCUGGUGUAAAUAGAUAUCAAAUACAAUAGUUUAGGAGUCCAAAUAAUAAAUGAAUGGGGUGCUGUUUUAUUUAUUUCCAUGUUCACGAGCCAGAUUUUAGACCUGGUUAAUUUUGUUACUGCACUAAUUUGACCUACACAAGAGUUUGUGAAGGUAACCGAUAAUUCUUAACACUUCAGACAGAAACGGACAAUGGCUUAACACUUCAGACAGAAACAAAAAAAUUACUUUAUUAUUGAUUAAUCUUGAACUAUGGAAUCACUUUAUAAUUUCUUAAUGUCUUUAACCUUUAUGCUUUUUGAUGCCAAAAUGUGUUAAAAUCAAUUACUUUUUUU